UAUACAUCGCGGAAGGUAGCAAAUCUUUACAUUCUUGAGAUUGAGAAUUUUUGAGAUUUCCAUUUUUCGAUCUUUAGAUUCAAUUUUCAGAAGAUCUUAGAUGUUUAUGUUUUACUAUUCUGGAGUACGAGGAGUAGAUCUUUUACUAUAUUCUAGAAUACAACAAGUAGGAGGAGGAGUCCUUUUUUAUGUUCAUUUUCUAUUACAACGUGUAUCAUCUCAAGUAGCUCAAGCUCAACAUGAAUCAUCGAACUCUUUUGUUUUCCCCAUUUGCUGUAUCUGUUCCUGUUUCCCGUAACCCCUAAACGUUCUUUUUAAGGUCUGGUACUCUUUCCAAUUCGAUAUGUGAACAUGGCAAAGGCCAAGCCGAAAGAGAUCGCAUCCUGGGCAGAAUUCUGUUGGGCAAUGAACUUUUUGUUAAGGCAAGGAAAUUGACAUGGAAUGUGGGUUGAUGUGAUAGCUAGCUUGGGUUGAGGUGGAUACUACAUGAGCAUGAGAUCUGCGUAUGGCAAAGUAAUUAGCAUUUUUGAUGAAGGUAAAAAUUGGAUUUAGAUAUUCUAUAAAUAUCUAGUUCCUUCACCCUCUUCAUCCUUGAAGUUCAGGAGGUUCUUUCUCAUUUAGCGCAGCAUGCACCAAAUUCUAAUCUCUGGCUUCGUGUACUUUCUUUUGCUGGCGGCAGACUUUCACAGUGGAGGCAA